AUGUCGGUCGCCACUCUCGUUUAUCUUUGCCUGUGGGGACGACUUCCGACCCCGCUGCACCAUUCCUCGUCGUGCGAUCAACCAACUUCGUACCAUAUCUAUCGCCCGGCCAACAUUGCUGCUUGGAACCAAAAAAUCGGAUUGGUCUCGUUUCAUUUCCGGAUCGUGCAGCUCGACAAACUCGCUUGGCGAGACAACCCUCGCGAUACAGCGGGAAGCCUAUUGCGUGUCCGCCGUCGUCGUCAUCGGCCAACUUGUAGAUACAGUAUGAUCGAUUUCGGUACUCGAGUCUCGGGGAAAGUAUUGGAUGCCCCAUCGAGGGAUAGAAACAACGAGAGAUAUCGGGUGCUUAGGGUGUUGCGUGCUGAACGACUUCACACGCCUGGCAAGAGGUCAGCCACGAGAGCAAGACGGAAACAGUCCACCGUCGUGUCGGAGCACGAGCAUGCUUGCUUCCACGGUCCAUGCAGGUACAUUCCUCGAGCUGCAAGGUCGGUCGUGCGGCAAGAGGAUUUGAACCGCUUCGCCAACGGGCCGGGCCAAAGAAACAGUUCGGACGCGACCGAAACGUUUCAGGUCUGCAUCGGCCAACGUUUUGACCGGCAAGUUGUCGCAAGAACACACGGCUUGACGUUCGUACCUACGGCGAUCAAGGUAGAGCCCAUGAGACCACCAUUGAAAGCUAGUAAGAGGGAGUCGCCGCUUCCUGCGGUCAUUCGCGUGCGGCACUUCGACGAGCCAAAAAGUCCUGGGUGUCGCAUCGCAACAUACGGGGAGGCGCUCAAAUCAUGGUCAUCUCGAGGAAACCAAAUUCAAAUUCGACCAGGCCGUCGGCGAGGAAGAAAGAAGCCGCUGAAAGCAGAAGGGGCUCGCGAAAUCGGAUUCUUUGCUAGGAGCCUUGAUUUGUCCAGUCGGUACGAGCCUCGUGCAAAUUUCUACAGCUGCAGCAUUGAUACAAAGCUCAACAGCACCCUCAGCCACUCAACAGAUCGAAACCUAUAUCAGGUCGGACCUUCUCAUCUUCUUCCCGCCUUUCCUAUCAUCAUCCUAUCAAGAUCAUCAACUUCAUUUUUCCCCUCCUCCUUUCCUUCACUCUUCAACUUCGACGUAAGAGUAUCAACCAUCAUGGCUUUCGGUAAGGACUUGGACGCCUGGGCCGGCGACACCGGCCUUGCCCUCGUGGAGAAGAACGAGAAGAGGUCGCGCUUCGCCGUCUCGUGGGCUGAGGCCAAGCUUCUCACCAUUGCCGGUGUCGGUUUCCUUAUGGACGCCUGGGACCUGUUUAUCAUCAACAUCAUCUACUCGAUCAUCCUGCUUGCUUACUACAAGAAGGGAACCAAGAACAUCGACUGGGGUCUCGAGGGUGGUGUGCUCAAGGCCGCUGCCAACAUCGGUAACAUUGUUGGUCAGCUUUUCUUCGGUUUCUGCGGUGACAUGUUCGGUCGUUCGGCUGUCUACGGCAAGGAGCUCAUCAUCGUCAUUGUUGCCGUCAUCCUCCAGAUCUCGGCCCCCGACAGCAUCGGCGGCCACGGCAUCACCAUCUGGCUCGCCGUCUUCCGUUUCAUCAUGGGCAUCGGCAUCGGUGGUGACUACCCUAUGUCGGCCACCAUUGUUUCGGACCGAUCGCACCUGAAGAACCGUGGUUUCCUCCUCGGCUGGAUCUUCUCCAACCAGGGUUGGGGUAACCUCACCGGUGCCAUCUUCGCCGUCAUCGUCAUUGCUGGCUACCGCCACUACGUCGACGCCGGCCACGUCCACAAGCUCUCGGGUGCUUGGCGUAUCCUUCAGGGUCUUACCCUGAUCCCCGCCUUCAUCGUGCUCUACUUCCGUCUCACCCUUGUCGAGUCGACCCGUUUCACUCAGGCCCGUAAGCUGCAGGACGACCCCGAGCUCAUUGCCAAGGGUCACAACAACCUCAACCGCGCCAACUCGGACGAGGACGACCUCACCAAGGAGAAGCUCGGCGGCGACAUGACCCCCAUCGAGAACACCGCUGUCGGCAUGUCCUUCAAGUCGAUCGGCAAGCCCAAGAACGAGUUCAUCCAGUACUUCUCGCAGUGGAAGAACGCCAAGAAGCUGUUCGGUUGCGCCGCCACCUGGUUCCUUGUCGACAUCACCUUCUACGGUAUCAACCUCAACCAGUCUUCGAUCCUGUCUGCCAUCGGCUUCACCAACGGCUCCACCUGGGGCAAGCUCAUGAAGACCGCCACUGGUAACCUGAUCAUCACCGUCGCUGGUUUCCUGCCCGGUUACUUCUUCACCAUGUUCACCAUCGACAUUGUCGGCCGCAAGCCCAUCCAGAUCAUGGGUUUCACCAUGAACGCCCUCUUCCUCGGUAUCCUGGCCGGCAAGUUCAACUCCCUCCGUCACCAGACCGGCCCCUUCUUCGUCGUCUUCGUCUUCCUUCAGCUCUUCUUCAACUUCGGUGCUAACGCCACCACGUUCAUCGUGCCCGCCGAGGCUUUCCCCACCCGUGUUCGUGCUACCGCUCACGGUUUCUGUGCCGCUUGCGGAAAGUGCGGUGCCAUCUUGUCGUCGCUCUUCUUCUCGUACCUUGCCAACAAGACCAAGCUCGGAAACCAGGGUGUCUUCUGGAUCUUCUUCGGUGUCUCCGUCCUCGGUGCCAUCGUCACCGUCCUCUUCGUCCCCGAGACAAAGGAGUACGAUGCCGACGAGGAGGACCGCAAGGAGCUCGCUGCUCGCGCUGUUCGACAUAUUCACUUCUGCACGAUGGAGGACCCAGUCAACGAGAUUCGUGGCGUCGUCAAAGGACUCGUCGCGGCUAGGAAUGCGUCCGAGCAGAAGUACUGCAUGCAAAGGUACUUUGCACCCGAUGCUUCGUUCGACCAUCCGCUUUGCACAGUGACGAGCGGUCCCAAUUCGAGGGACAACGGCAUCCUGCCCAUCUACCAGUGGCUGCGAGUCAUCUCGAGGUCUGACAUCGAAGUUUACGCUGCUGGCUUCGACCAGCAGACGAACAAGCUCUUCAUCGAAGCGGUCCAGACACUGCGACCCAACUUCCCCAUCGUGCGAGAUGUCAUCGCCAAAGACGCACGCAUCGUCGUAGCUCUUCAACUGCAACGUGGCGCCGAUGGCAAGUUCUACGUCAAGAGUCAACAGGAUCUCUAUGCGCCUCAAAACCUGCCAUUCGGUCUCGUCCCGGGCGGGGAAACAGCAACGAUGUUGGUCAAGAAAAUCGCUGCCCUCAACUGCAUCAUCUUUGUGGGCAUCGUACAGCUGCUGUUCGGAUACUGGACGCCGGGGAAGGAUGUUCUUGGCUCGCAUCUGAAACGCAAGUAG